AACCAUCACGAUGAAGAACAAAAGCAAUAAAUCUGCGAGUUCUGCAGAUAACUCGAGCGAUUGGAGAUCUAAAGAUAAAUCUUCAAUCGACGACCAAAUUAUUAGUUUAUAUAGGAGUUCGCAGCCUUCUCAGCAAAUUAUCAACAAACGUUUAGAACUCAUAGCGAGAUUGUCAAACAUCAUAUCUACAAAAUAUGGCAGCAACUACUCCGUAGAAUCUUUCGGGAGCACCUGCUAUCAAGUCUCCUCCUCUUCUUCCGAUCUAGACCUCGUCAUCAUUGAUAAAGACAGGCCGCAUGGUUUUGAUCCCUCAGUAGACGUCUAUCAGCUCCCAUCAGCUUAUAAUCCAAAUAACUUAGCAAAAACACUCUCUUCUAACAAUUUGAAGAGCGUCCAACCCAUAUUUGCUGCUGUUCCAAUCGUCAAAUUCACCGACCCUGUUACAAACUUACAAUGUGAUUUAAACGCUAACAAUUUAUUCGGUAUACGCAAUUCCCUUCUCAUCAAAUCCUACCUUGAUUUGAGCCCUAUUGCUAGACCAUUAGUAUUAGCAAUAAAGCAUUGGGCUAAAUUACGCGGUUUGAAUGACAGCGCUGGUCAAUACGGUCCUACAACUCUCUCAUCUUACACCCUCAUCCUCAUGGUCAUCUCUUUCUUACAGUUCAUCGGUCACUUACCAAACUUACAAGACGCUGACCAGAUAAAAGCCGCUCGGUUACCUGAGCAUAGAUUAUGGGUCCGUCCACCUGUGAAAAGGAGAGAUUCAAAGAGAGAUCAACAGAAGCCCCCGGUUGAGACAACCACCACACAAGGUGCGCAGGCCGCUCCAGCGAUAAUUCCCCAUCCACCAGAUGUCAGAGUAUCUUUUGAUACCACUUUCGUCAAAAGACCGCUCGGUAACUUCAUCCCAACUAACCUCUCACUUUCAACUGCGUUAGCGGGCUUCUUUUACUUCUAUUCGAACGAACCAAGUAACUCAUUGAAUGAAUUUUGGGGUAUAGAUGAACCAUUUAAUUAUGAAACCUCAAUCAUCUCAAUGAAAUAUGGCGGUAUCAUACCUAGAGAUGACCUUUUUGUCGAUAUCUACAAUAGGAACUUAGACGGUAAUAUCAAUUUAACAACGACAUCGGUAAAUGUCCAGAAGAACACGACUACGGUGUCUGCUCAACAGCCUCUCCAAUGGCGUGAACAGCUCCUGGUUACCCAGGAUCCUUUCAUCACAACACGGAAUACAUCUACAAAUGUAAGACCUCAAACCUCGAGGCAUAUAAUUGAAGAAUUCCAAAAUGGCCAUAAGGCGAUAUCUUCUGGGAAGUGUUAUGACGAUAUCUGCAAAAAACGCACAACACCCUUUGAAGGUGAACCAGGACCUGGUUCGUUUCGCAAGGCUCAGAGAAAGGUUACAAAUAGACGGAGAAAAGGCAAUGGAAAGGGUGAAAAAUCAGCAAAAUCUACAGCUACGGAAACCAAUAAAAAGAGUACCAGUGAUAGCCAAAAAUCAACCAAUAAAGACAAAAGUUCGUCGGAAUCUUCAAAACCUGAAGAGAAGGCUGUGAAAGAAGUGAAACGUAAGAGGAAAUCACGGAAACCAGCUAAUAAAUCGACUACUGUCGUUAUUCCAAAGAAUAACCAAGCAAGUACAGCACAGCCGUGAAGAAUCUGCUUGUUUGGAAACUAUUUAAGCUAUUUAUUCUGCAUUGUAUCAUUAAAUCGAGUUAUAA